AUGGGGAACACGCUGAGCUGUUGCUUGGGCACCAACCCCAGCCCCAGGCAGGGUCUGUCCAGGGGGUCUGCGGAGCUGUACUGUGGCUCUGACAUCUAUGAGGCGGUGGCAAGCAGAGGUGCAGGCCAAGGCAGAGAGGAGCGGAGGCACAGCAGAUGGAACAUGCUGUUCCCCAAUGCCAGCCCCAAGCGGGGCCAGCACAGGGGGUCUGGGGAGUUGUCCUGCAGCGCUGAAAUCUGUGAGGCAUCGUCAAGCAGAGGUGCAGGCCAAGGCAGAGAGGAGCGGAGGCGCCACAGAUGGAACAUGCUGCUCCCCAAUGUCAGUCCCAAGCAAAGCCAGCCCGGGGUGCAGUGGACGGAACCGCCCUGCAGCUGUAACAUCACGGAGGCGGAGGUGGCAGUGGCACCACACCCCCCUGCUGUGGAGCCUGCCCAGUCUGAUUUCGGAGCCCAAGAGGGCCAUGACCUGCAGCACGUCGGCGACCAGGAGAUGCCCAAAGAUUUUGGUUCUGACCAUCCAAGGGAAAGCACACUCUUCCUGAGAAAAUAUCAAAUGAGUGUGCGAGAAAAGAGGACCUCUCGCCUCUAUCAUGUAUACAUUGAACGACUUUUAACUAGUGCUAACAUCGAUCUUUGUCCUACUAAUUGGAAAAAGAUUGUCCUCGGAGCCAUACGUCUUGCCUCCAAGGUUUGGAGAAACCGUGGUCUGUGGAGUGAGGAUGACAGCCAGAAUCCCCAGGACGUUGCAGUUGAGAACAUGAGCAAGAUGGAGAAGUGUUUUUUGGAGCUACUUGAGUUUAAUAUUCAUGUGUCUGCCAGUGUUUAUGUAAAAUAUUACUUUGACCUGCGUGCCUUGGCAAAUGACCAUGACGUGUAUUUUCUAUUUCGUUUUCUUCACAAAGAUAAAGCCCAGAGACUGAAGGGAAACACCACAACUCACAUUUUCCAGGUGGGGCCUGGUCUCCCCUGUAGGGUAAGAUUGGAAGGCUUUGUCACCUACUCCCAGUUCUCCUCACAGCCUGUACUAGGGGCCUUAUCACUGGCAGAAGUCUUCCCCCAGGAGAUGAAGCAGCAGAUCCACCAGGCGUUCAUGGGCCACGGAGUCCCGUGUCAUUACACCUGCUUCUUGCUGCACCCAGAGUACAACACACUGGAGCACUUCUCAGUUCCGCACAGUGUCCAGGAGCUGCAGGAGGGCUCAGUGCUGUGCAAGGUGGAGGUUGGUCUGGAAUUCCUCUCACUGCAACCCCAAACCUACCAGCACCGCUUCCAAAAGCCCUUCCCUAGUGGAGCUACUUAA